AUGCAUGUUGUCUCUCUGUGGACCAGAGAGGUGUGUCUUCUUCAAAAAGUUGCCUCCAACCCCUCCCACGGACUGUCUCGUAGCCCUAAACUUUGCUGGUGGUUGUAGAAGUUGCUCUUGUAGCCAUCAGCCUUCACCGAGGUCGACACUCAGCCGAACUGACCCCGAGUCCCACCUCCCUCAUCGGUCACAUCCUUUCAGGUUGAGACUUUCCCUACCAGCAUGGAAGAUUCUUCAGAGCAAUCCCACUGGAUGUCUCCUGCUCUGCUCAGUUCAGACCCUCUGGCCGGUUUCUCCUCUGAUCCUGGCCUCUUGCCUCCUGGAGAAGAGGGUGAGGCCUUCUUCUCUGGUCAGGACCCUGACUACACCAGUCUGCCCUCUUUCUUCCCCAGCCAAAGCCACAGCCGGGUGCCGUCCACCUACAGACAUAGCUCUGUUCGACAGGUGUUCACCUCACCUGGCCUCCUCAGCAACCUUCAGCUGCUGGACGGGCCCCCCAGCCACUCCCUGAGCUCCCCCUACAACCCAGCUGUCUCCACCUGGAGCAGCAGCCCUCUCACCAAGACCCCGCUGCACUCGCACACCCCGACUUCUCUCUACACCCCCGGGGUCUCUUCCUCUUUUACCAACUCCAGAGAUGGAUACUCAUCCCCCAGCAGAGAGGGCAGAGAGAGUCCUCGGCUCCAGGAGGCCCUCAAAGCAGAGCGCCUGAGCCCGCUGAGUGGGUCGGGGGCCAGCAGCAGCUUUCUGAAUCUGACUCCUGCGGCUGGGAGUUUGUACACUCCAUCAUCCCACUCCCAUCCACACAUGCUGAGCCCCUACAGCUCAUACAUGAGCGGGCCGCAGGAGUACAGCUCUGCUGCUCUCUAUUCCAGCGCUGGAGCCUGGAUCAGCCCCUCGUACUCCCCGAAACUCCGCAACAAAAUGAGGUCAACCACUCCAGAGGCCAGAGAGUGUGUUAACUGUGGAGCCACAGCUACGCCUCUGUGGCGUCGGGAUGGCACAGGCCACUACCUGUGCAACGCCUGUGGGCUGUACCACAAGAUGAACGGCCAAAACAGACCUUUAAUCCGGCCCAAGAAGAGACUGAUUGUCAGCAAGCGUGCAGGUACGCUGUGUGCCAACUGCCACACGAGCACAACAACGCUGUGGAGACGCAAUGCCAACGGAGAGCCUGUGUGUAACGCAUGUGGACUCUACUUUAAGCUGCACAAUGUCAAUCGGCCUCUCACCAUGAAGAAGGAGGGCAUUCAAACACGCAACAGAAAAGUUUCCAACAAGAACAAGAAGAGCAAGAAGGCAGCCAUGUUGGAGCCAUUCUCAGAGGUGGCUCAGCCCACCUCCCUGGACGACGUCGGGCCCUUUUCCCUCGGCCCCGGGUCUCUCCUGACCUACAGCCACAUGCCACACCUCAUCCCCACGCCAUCACCCCUGCACCCCUCCAGCAGCUUACCCUACCCACACCACCUCAACAGCGGCAUGGUGCCCACGCUGGUGUGAUGACACAGCUUCCAUCACAGUGGCAUUAACAUUUGUACAUAGGUAACAUCAUAUGAAAGAAGAUUUGUUUAUUUUCACUGUAUUUUAUCACAAAAUGUAUUUUUGUUGAUAUAAUCACGUGUGAAAUCAGAUAGCAUCACUCCACUGAGAUUACUGUGUGUAUAAACACGCUGAUUAGAAAGAUUCUUCAGCUGUAAAUACAAACAAAAAUCUGAUUUGACAACCACAUGUGUGUGAAGAUUCCUGUUUUAUUCAUAAUUUGAAACUAUACAUUUAGUUUUAUGUUUCAAGGGUCUGUUAUGUUUUUAAAUAAUUGAUACUAAAACAAAUAAAGGAAGAAAAAAAGA